GGUCUCACUGGGAAUCGAACCCAGAUCUCCGGAAGGAAUUUCUUCGAUCCGCGGUUUUUGCCCUGUUGCCAGGGUGAAUCAAAAUCCGACGUGCUAACCAUUACACCAUGUGACCAUUCGAUGGAUAUUAACCACCGCCGGGCAUUAUGUUAGUCUCGCCCCACCUCUUUACCAGCUACCCACCCACAUCCACACACACCAACACAGAGAGCAAUGACGCAGAACCUCGACACGACCGUCCUCCUCGCGCUCGCAAGCGACAUCACGCACUGCAGCUGCGCGCGCACAAUACACGAAGUGCAUCCGGCGCUCGCGCGACAGAUGCAAGACGAAGAGGACGACGCGCUGCUACCGCGCCUGGUGGUGCUGCUGCAGGACCGCCCGCUGAUCGUGUGCGCGGCUGCCCGCGACCGGUUCCUCGCCAUCGUUGCCGGGCUGGCGUCGGAGAGUGAAGCGGCUAGGGCACAGGGAAUGUUUUCGGGGGAGGUGCCCGGGCUGGAGGGGCUGCGGCUGCCAGUAAACGUUGUUGAGGAUCACGUCCUGUGUGAGGGCGAUCCGGAGGUCUACGUGGCGGUUGUGGGGAGAUUGGGGGAGGAUACGCUUAGUCGUGCGGUGUUUGUGACGGGAUGGGCGAUGGGCGUGACGACGGUUACGUGCAAUAAGGCGGUUGUGCGGAGGAUUAGGGCGGCGGUUGCGCGUGCUGGGGAGGGCGUGGUGGGGCCCGAGAUGCUGAUCGUGGGGUGUGCGCGGAGUUUGGUCGGACGGCCGAAAGCGACGGCUGGAUGAGUCUUCACGGGAAACUUGAUUGCAGCCAAGCUCGCUCGCUCACUACGAGUAUCGCGUAGAUACCAAACAGAAGACCACAGACGCGCAAUUGGUACAAUGAAAUACAGCCAAAGAAUAUGAAAAAAAAAACCCCAUAGAAGGAUGUGCUCGUGCAA